GGGGUGGCCGGGUGUAGUGUUGGCGUGGUCGCCCAGCAGUGGAUCCAUAUGGCCAACGAGAAGCACAGCAAGAACGUCAGCCAACGCGGGAGCGUCUCCAAGAUCUCCAGAAAUGCCCCCGAAGAGAAGGUAUCUAUAGGAUCCUGGUUGUUAGCUCUCUUCAUUUUUGUUGUUUGUGCCUCUGCAGUUUUCCAGAUUAUUCUAAGUAUCAGAAUGGGCAUGUGAAGUGACUGACCUUAAGAUGUUUCUGUUUCCCUGUGAAUGUUAACUUGAAGUCAUUCCUGAUGUUUGCUAUCCUGGUUAAAAACAAUUCAGUAAAGCAUCCUGCCUCAGAAUGACUUUUCAUAUCAUCCUUCAUGUGUCGUUCCAAGGUUUCUUAACCAGUCAUCCCGUGUUUUCUAGUCCGUACCAUAGUACCUUGCAAAAGCACCACAUGAAUAAAGCAAUACAAUUUAAUUCUUAAGCUUCAGGAGGGGGCCCUACUUAGUAAAGAGUAAGCUUUUCCAUGUGAUUGUUUAAAACAGUAUAGAUAAUUAGAUGAAAUCUGUGUGGACAGGAUCUAGAUUUUUUUAACCCUAAUAUGUCAAUGCAAUUAGCUUAAGUAAAAUUUGGAAAUUAUGUUUUUUUUUAUAGGUAGGCACUUUAUUACUAUCUCUUGAAUUGAAAGCACAUUCUCAUAUAGGGUCAAGUAACUAUCCUGUAAUCGGGUGCUUAUGAAUGGAACAACUACACAGCCUAGUUUUACCACAACCUUUAACACCUGAAAAUUUUAAGAAGCUUCUAAAUGCCUAAUAUGAAGGGAGAUGCUUCUAGCCACAACAUCUAUUUUUUGUUAUUGAGAUUGUUCACAUACCAUACAAUUAUCCAAAGAUCCAAAGUGUACAAUCAGUUGCCCACAGUACCAUCGUAUAGCUGUGCAUCCAU